GCGCCUCCGGCCCCUGGUCCUGGCCAGGUGACUCUGCGCGUCCGGGCCUGCGGGCUUAACUUCGCCGACCUCAUGGCCCGCCAGGGAGUGUACGACCGGCUGCUGCCGCUGCCCAUGAUCCCUGGCAUGGAGGGCGCGGGGGUCGUGACCGCGGUGGGAGAGGGAGUCAGCGACCGCAAGGAAGGGGACCGGGUGAUGGUGCUGAUCCGGUCAGGGAUGUGGCAGGAGGAGGUGACUGUGCCUGCAGCCCAGACCUUCCUGAUGCCCGAGACCAUGACCUUUGAGGACGCCGCUGCCUUGCUGGUCAAUUACAUCACUGCCUACAUGGUUCUCUUUGACUUCGGCAACCUGCGGCCUGGCCACAGCGUCUUGGUCCACAUGGCUGCAGGGGGCGUGGGCAUGGCGGCCCUGCAGCUGUGCCGGACGGUAGAGAAUGUGACCGUGUUUGGAACAGCCUCGGCCAGCAAGCAUGAGGUGCUGAAGGAGAAUGGGGUCAUGCACCCUAUCGACUACCACACAAGUGACUACGUGGAUGAGAUCAAGAAGGUCUCCCCUAAAGGAGUGGACAUCAUCAUGGACCCUCUGGGUGGCUCGGACACCGCCAAGGCCUACAACCUCCUCAAACCCAUGGGCAAAGUCGUCACCUACGGAAUGGCCAACAUAAUGACAGGCCCCAAGCGGAACCUGAUGGCCCUGGCCCGCACCUGGUGGAAUCAGUUCAGCGUGACGGCGCUGCAGCUGCUACAGGCCAACCGGGCCGUGUGUGGCUUCCACCUGGGCUACCUGGAGGGCGAGGUGGAGCUGGUCAGUGGUGUGGUGGCCCGCCUGGUGGCUCUGUACAAUCAGGGUCGCAUCAAGCCCCACAUUGACUCCGUCUGGCCCUUUGAGAAGGUGACGGAUGCCAUGAAGCAGCUGCAGGAGAAGAGGAAUGUGGGCAAGGUCCUUCUGGUGCCCGGCCCCGAGAAGGAGAACUAGGCGAGGGUCUGGGCGACCCUUGGGAUCCAAGGAGGGGGAAGUUGGGAAGCCACAUUCUGUUGACCACCAUCUCGCCUUUCAUCCUCUGUUGUCUUGCUCCCCCCCACCCCUGCCCCCCAGGCCUUGGUGAUGACCUCGUCCCAUCCCUGACCUUUCUCUUUCUUCAGGAAUACCCCCUCCCCCCGUUCCUGCUCCCUGAAGAGGUUGGGAAGUAAUCACUUGGAUGUCUGGGCCCCAUGAGGAGACAGGGAGGGUCAGAGAGAGGCUGGAUGCUUCCUGCCCCCCACCCUUUCCCGGGCCUGCUGUGCUGCUUUUGUGCCAAGGUUAGCCAGUCCUUUCCCCCCACCCCCACCCCGUCCUCAUCUCCACCCCUGCCUCAUCUCCUGCCCACCCUGCCCUGCCCCGCCACCUCCCCAAAGAAUUGAAGUGUCAGCUCAGGAUGUGGGGCCAGUCUGUGUGAGUCCAGCAUGUACCUGUCUCUCCCCAGUGUCCCUUCACCCCCAGCCCAGCCAGCGCCCACCUCUCAGCCCUGCAUGUCCCCAGCCUCUUAAGCACAAUUGGGCGUUGUCCACCUCCUGGUUUUCUGCCACUGUUAGCCAAGGUUGCCUCUCCCAAGGGUGAGAAUCAGACCCCUGCCCUAAGUCAUGGCUCUUCACAGAGUCCCCGGGAUCUGUUCUCUGUGCCUUAGCUACGGAAAACCUGUGCUUGUGUGUGUGUCUGUGUGUGUGUGGGAGGGGGGGGUUCCUGUCCCCACCUCCUUCUCCAUCCCUCUACUCCCCAGUGCCUUCUCCUCUGGUGGAACUGGGGUCUCACGCAUCCCCAGUCCCACACCACUGCCAAAAAUCUGUGUACGUGCCAGUGGGGGGGUGCAGGGGCAAGAGCGGAGGCCAGCCCUAGCCUCCCACAAGGGGGAAAGGUCACCCUCUUGGUGGGCGGGCCGUUUGUGCCAAGUCCUGUCUCUGGGGCUGUCAGUUGUCAGCGGGUGGUUGAGGAGGAAGAGGCGGGUCGGGCCCCAGCCUUGCAGAUAAGAAGGGCAUUUACCAGCAGCAGCGCUGCCUCUCUCUGGGGCCAAGUGGAAAUGGAAGCACAUGCCCGGCUGCCACAGGAGGCCCCCUGCCUUCUCAGAGCAGGGCGGCAGCUUCUCCCUAAACUUUGUUUACACUGGUGGGGAGCUGGCGCUGGGAGGGCAGCAAGCAGGGCAGGACCUGGAUGGCUGGAGCCAAAGUGGGGACUUGCCAGGACUGGGGUGGAACUCUCCUGCUUUCCGGGCUGGGGGUGCGGGGUGCUGAUUGCCCCAGCCAUUGCCAAUGGGAGUGUGUGUGUGGGGUGGGGUGGGGGGGAGGCCUGAACAUGUGAAGUGCGAUCUCUGCUUUUGUGUACCCCACCCCAUUACCACAGCUGCCUUGUGUUUGUGUCAAUAAAAAGCCAAAACCCUG